UAAGAAAAAAGAAAACUGAUAUUUCGCAUAACGCAAAGUUAUCGUUGAUUUUUACGAUCGCAAAAUUGUUUUCCUUUAAUAGGUAGGGGAUGGGUGGUAAGGUAAAAAAAAAAAAAAAGAAAGAAAGAAAGAAAAAAAGAAGUACUUCCAUUCCAGAAGUAGUUCUCGAGUAAAAUAGAGAGAUCGAGAGGAUCGAGACGAAUCGACGCGAAUAGAGACAAUCACGUCCGAGCAGAUUGUUUGCCUUGGAUGAAGCUAGGAUCUCGAGAGUUCCCCUCUUUCCUUUCUAGCAGUCGAGCGACCUCCUAGUGUUCCCUCGCUCGUACAUACAUCCACACGUUUAAACUGUGCGAUGACGUAGCUUCAACUGUGUGUACCUAUCACCCAGUCACGUCAAGGGCCACUGAUUGGGACUUCCGCUGAUGCUAAUCCUACGAUUCAAAGUUCCAGGAAGGCUCUCGCUGACAUUCGGUUAACUCUUCGGUAUAAAAGGUAUUCUUCGCUAUGGCUUAUCGCUAAAUUCGAUGCUAUCGCAUUUUCAAUGGUAAAACGCUCCUCGUUAAAAGCGUUUCUAAGAUAAUACUUAAAGUAUUCGAUAAGAAUGAUAUCGAUCGAAAUGGUUUAUCGCCGUUAAUACGUUCGUACAGCUGUAAAAAAGCAUUUUACGAUGUUGAGUGACAAUGAAAAGAAAUUGAAAAAAAAAAAACAAAAAAAAAAAAAACAAAAAAAAAAAAAAAAAAAAAAAAAAAGAAAUUUCUUAAGUAUCCUAGAUAGGUCUAAUAGAUCGUAAGGAGAGAAGAAGUAGAAGGAAAAGGAGAAGAAGACAGAAAAAAGAAAAAGAAGAAAAAAAAAAAGAAGUAAAAGAGGAUCAAAGGAGAUUUCCCACGGAUGCAUCUUUUAACGCGAGUAACGAAACUCGCGUAUGUAAUAUUGUGUUUGCGCGUGUGAGUUGGUCGAGGAAGAAGAACACACGCGAUGAACUCUCUUCGUGGAAGGAUGAUUCAUGGUGCAUGUAUAUAAAAAAGAGGAACAAGAAAGAGAGAGAGAGAGAGAGAGAGAGAGAGAGAGAGGGGGAGGGAGAAAGAGUUCUACACUAUCAGCUGCUACAUACAUAUACGAACGACGCAUCAUCAUCACGCAGGUCUCUCGUUUCCUCUGGUACGUGUCGAAGCUCGCACACUAAUGCACACAUUAUACCGAACGGCCGACGUCUCGAGGGUCAAAUGCACCAAUACUCGCGUACAAGAAUUACGCAUGGUAACAUACGUACCUAUGCAUAUGUCCUUUAUAUAUGGCAUGUGUAUGUGUAUGUGUACGUGUACGUAUAUAUAUAUAUAUAUAUAUAUGCAAAGAGUAACACGGACUUACCGCUUUCGAUGUAUGGAACCAGCAACAGCAACAGCAGGAAGAGGACGUAUCCGCACGUAUCACUGAUCAUCGUAACCAUAAUUCCUUUCUACUAUCUCUCACUUUCUUUAUUCUAUCUAUAAAAGUUCUUUACCGAGGAGGACCGUUCAUCAAGGGGACGGGGAAUGGGGGGAGGGGGGAAAAUUACAGCUGAUUGAUUUUUCUUCCUUCUUUAGUAUGUGCUCUUGGAGACGACGAUAAAAGAGGAAAAAAGAGAGAGAGAGAGAGAGAUACGAUCGUAAACGUUGACGAUGACGAUGAUGCCGCACGAUGACGAUGGAGCGAGGUUAGGAAGAGAAUGAUUAUUAUUAAUUCAACGAGAGCUCGCUUAUGUACGUUUGUUUCACGAGAAGUCGGUGACCGAAGUGAGGAGGACGUACGUUUACGAGUACGAGGAGGAUCGACAUGACGCGCGGAGACGCGAGCUAACGAUAACACACGCACACUAGUAUUAUAUAUAUAUAUACACACACACGCACACACAACGGAGACACAAAACACACCCGAGGAGAACACGCGACGACACUACGAAAACGCGCCUUUUUUUAACCAGUCUCGUUUAUUCGAUUCCUCGACACCGUCUCUCCUCCCUCCUUCUCUAUUUUCUUUUUAUUACUUACGUACACGUAUACUGUGUAGAUACCUCACUCUCUCUCUCUCUCUCUCUCUCUCUCUGCCUGUCGGUCACCGUCGUCCUUGCUCGAUAAACUUCGCUAGAAAUAUACCCGUUGCUCUUCCCUCUUUAAUCGUCCCUUCGUUUUUCCUUUUCUCUUUUUCUUUUUUUUUUUUUUUUUCCUUCAAAGUCACGGUCCUCUCUUAGCGGGUGAAAACUACGCCAUCGUGUUACAGCUUCCUCGUGAUAGACGCGAUGCGAGAGAGAAGAGGAGAGAGAACAACGACGACGACGACGACGACGACGACAAGACGCACAAAGAACGCGCGUGCUGGACGACAGCUCGACAACGUUCCGCCCUUCUGAUUAUUUUUCUCUUUCUUUCUUGAGUAGCCUCGCGACGCACGGCUCGCUUCUCCUCUCCUCUUAACACAACACCAUGAACCUCUCUCACUCACUCUUUUUCUCUCUCUCUCUCUGUCUCGCGCGCGCAAGACCCUCACUCACGCACACGUUCGAGACGACAACUUGAAAUUUGGCAAACGCAUCGCACCAGCAAAAUUCGUCACACGCACGCUCGUCUCUCUCUCUCUCUCUUCCUCUUUCUCUCUUCUUUCUUUAUCUUUUUCUUCUCAGGCCAGUCGCCACUGUCGACGCACUGCUAACAGUCCUACCACUGCUCGAACCUCGACUUCCCUGCCGACAUUAUUUUAUCCUUUCCUCUCACCCUCCUGCACGACGCGUUCAACUACAACUGGCUCCCACUAGGUCGCGGCCAUCUUGCCUUUGUUACUAACUCCCGUGACUAGGCGGAGCCACCGUAGCGGUCUUUCAGCGCCUCUAACGACCCUGAUCGAAACUAAUCUGCCCGCAACGCGCGUAAAACGAGUUCGCGUUUCACGUACGCAUUAUUAAUUCUCGCGCGUUAGAAUUUCUCUUGUAUAUAUAUAUAUAUAUAUAUGUACGUAUACGUGUAUAUGCGCGUAUAUGUGUUUGCAAGAGUGAAACUUUUGUUGUACUUUUAUAAAAUUUUCUCGUAAACGUGGUACGCCUUGUUUUUGAUCGAUCGUGUGAAUCGAUUCUCGUUCAAAGUUAUUCGAUAACUUGAAACAAUUCGGCAAUCUGGAAACUCUGGUUACUUAAAUCCGCUCAAAUUUCUCGACUCUUACCGAAUUACCAAAAGCCAUAAUUUUAUUGGUGGAAAUUAUUAAAUUACUACCUCCAUAUUGGGUUACAUAAAUGAAAUACUUUGGAACUGCGAAGAUAUUUCGAUUGCCAGCUAUAAAAUUAAAACUUACGAUAAAAAUAUUCACUUAAUCUUCGAAUUCCUGUAUAUUGUGUGAUUAGUGAUAGAGAAUGAUUUUAGACACUUCCAUCUUUGAACGUAUUAACGACAAAAGAAAACAAUUACGAUGACGUUUAUUAUCGUGACACGAUGAGGAAGUUUAAAUAAAAAUAAGUACUAAAAUUAAUCAAAGCAUUUUACCGGAUAUAGCUCAACGUUAAAAUUAAAAUGUAUCAAUUCCAGAAAAAUGGAUCUCUGAUAUGAAUAAAACAGAAUCUUUUAAUUUGGACGGAUCCAAAAAUCCAAGACAGCCGAAAAGAAAGGAUGGAAGCGUAAACACGGAAGAGGAAAAAAAUUCGGGAAAGCAGAAGAAGAAACCUCACAAGCUUUCAUUAUGGUGCGGCAAAUUAUGCGGAUGGAGAAAGAAGAAUGGUGAAAAGGACAAGAGGAAGCUAAAUAAAAAAUCGAAACGUAAAAAGUCAAAAAGAGAACGUUACUGCGGAUUUUGUAAAAGGAAGAACAAGAAUAAGGAGAAUGAGGAGGAGGAGGAGGAGGAGGAGGAGGGUUCGGCUGUACGAGUUAACAGAGCUGCGAAACAACCCAAGAUGAGAGAUAAGGAACAUCAAACCUUUGACCAGUCGGAUUCAAAGACAUCUGUCGAAGAAAGAAAAAAGUCAAGAGCAGAAAGAAAGAAAGAAAAAGCGCUUAAAGGGAAAAACUCUGGUCAUCUGGAAAAGUCAGUCUCCUAUGCUAAGGACAAUCGAUACACCGGCGAUCAAAGAUCUAAAAUUAAUCGAGAUCGUGAUAGAUUAACAGGGGAUAUCACUAAAAGUUGCUGCUUUUUAUGUGCCGAAAAUUCUUUAGCGAUCGCGGCAGCUAUCGGUCCUAGACCGAUAUGUUCCGAUAAGAGCGUGGAUGCGUAUGGCAUGAAAGGGAUCGAGACCAGUUGCAGUCCGAUUAAAUUGCCGGUACACGUGAGGACCGUCAAAUCGUCCUUACGAAUUAAAGUAAAAGACACGUGUACGUCCUAUGGGAACAUGCCGAAAGCAAAGAAAAAACGUAAGAAAUUUAAACUUUUUCCAAAAGUUAAAAAGACCACGUGUCCUAACGAUAAGGUUAUACCCAAACGACGUACGGUCGGUUGUGUUACCGAAAAUCCAUCGAAAUCUGAGAAACCAAAAGAGAAAAAGAUAAACGAGCCUUGUUGCAAGGACAAAGCGACAUAAUUAUUUUGCUAUUUCGAUGCUAUUUUGCUUUCUUUCUUCUUUUCUUUUUUCUUUUUUUUUUUUUUCUCUCUCUCUUUCACCAAACUCCGGCGUAUUUGAAAAUCAAUAUUUUCAAUAAAGAUUAUACGCUCGAUUUAUUUCUUCUUCCUUUCAUGUGAUUUCUUCAUUGACAAGAUUUCUCUUCCCGCGCGAUCACCCACGGUCGUCGUAUCUUUCUCGAAAUCUGAAAAAGAAAAAAAGAUGAAUCUUUCAUAAUUCUUGUCUACAAUCUAUCAUUUAUUUCUAUCAUUACGAGCUAUCUCAAUUUUUAAUAUCACAGACCGUAUUAGAUUCAUCUGUCGUUAAAUCCUUUAGAAAAGUUUCAAUCCACUUUGGUCCUUGGGUCACCUGAAAAAUAUAAUGCUGGUUAAUAAAGUUUAAUA